AUGUAUGCUCAGUCGGCCCUGGCGCUUGUGGAUAUAGUUGCUCUGUUCAACUGGACCUAUGUAUCUACUAUUGCUAGCGAAGGCAGCUAUGGAGAAAGUGGAAUAGAAGCUUUCCAGCAAGAAGCCAAUAAACGAAAUAUAUGUAUCGCCGUUCAGGAAAAGGUCCCUAGCUGGGCGGAUCAGCUGAAGUUUGAAGAGAUAAUCUCUAAUUUGCUGGUAAAGAGUGCCCGGGCUGUGGUACUCUUCACUAGAGCAGACGAUGCCAGGGGUCUCCUCUCUGCUGCUAAAUCUCUAGGACGGGAGAAUGAUUUCUACUGGAUCGCUAGUGAUGGUUGGGGGAAACAACAACAAGUUAUAGAAGGACUUGAGGAUGCCGCAGCUGGAGCUAUUACAGUAGAGCUAGAGUCUAAACUCAUUCCAGAGUUUGAUGAAUAUAUGUUUAAUCUCAACCCGGAGAAAAAUACUAGGAAUCCAUGGUUUCUCCACUACUGGCAAAUUAUUACAGGUUGUGUUCAAAAGAAUGAGAUGACUGCAGAAAAUGAGGAGGAUGGAUUCAGUAUCUGCACCCAGUUCGAUUCUAUAAGGUCGAGUAAGCAUUAUGAACAAGAUUCUAAAGUUCAGUUCGUAAUAGAUGCCGUCUAUGCGUUUGCCCAUGCUCUACAAAAUAUGAAAAAUGAUCUGUGUCCUGACUAUAAUGGAGCUUGUCCUGCAAUGAGAAGAAUGGAUGGAGGACAGUUCUACAAGGACUACUUGCUCAAAGUCAGCUUUACCGAUAUUGGGAACAGUACCGUCAAAUUUGAUGAAAAGGGUGAUGGACUUGCUAGAUAUAUUAUUUACAACUACCAGAGAAAACUUGGGGGAGCUGGAUUCGACUAUAAGGUGAUUGGGAAGUGGUUUAAGAAUCUAGAGAUGGAAGCUUCAGCAGUGGAAUGGGGAUCAGAUAUAUCUAGAUUGGGGGGAGAGUUUCUACCAGUAUCCAGAUGCUCUGAACCCUGUGGGCCUGGAGCUGUGAAGAAAAUGACAGAGGGUGAAACUUGCUGCUGGGUUUGCAACACGUGUUUAGAUUAUGAAUAUAUGGUGGAUGAAUACACGUGUCAGGAUUGUGGUGUAGGAAGAUGGCCAAUAGCAAACAAAUCUGCUUGUUUUGACAUUGAGGUUGAGCAUAUGUCUUGGGUGUCUAUAUUUGCUAUUGUUCCGCUGUGUUUAUCAUCUAUUGGAAUCCUUCUAACCCUGGGAACUAUACUAGUUCUUCUAAAACACAAGGAUACACCCAUAGUUAGAGCUUCAGGUCGUGAGCUGAGUUAUAUUCUUCUGUCUGGAAUCCUUCUCUGCUACAUCAAUACAUUCUUUCUCAUCUCUAAACCUGGACAAAUCAUCUGUACUUUACAAAGAUUUGGUGUAGGAACCGGUUUCUCUGUAGUAUACGGAGCACUUCUCACCAAAACAAACAGAAUAUUUAGGAUCUUCCAAUCAGCUGCCCAGUCAGCUAUCAGACCAUCGUUGAUAUCACCGUACUCUCAGGUCUUCAUCACGUUGUGUCUAGUAUCAGUUCAAUUCUGCGCUACAGUCGUGUGGUGUUUCAUUCAUCAUCCAGGAGUACUGUACGACUACCCGAGACGUGAUCAAGUAAUCUUGAAGUGUAAUAUCAACGAUUCAUCUUUUGUUAUAUCACAGGUGUACAACAUGCUGCUGAUCAGUGUAUGUACAGUGUACGCAAUCAAGACAAGGAAGGUUCCAGAAAACUUCAAUGAGGCCAAGUUUAUUGGGUUCACGAUGUACACAACAUGCGUCAUAUGGCUGGCCUUCGUGGCACUGUACUUCGGGACAGGAAACUCAUACGAGAUACAGAUAACUACUCUCUGUGUGUCUAUAAGUCUAAGUGGAUAUGUAUCCCUGAUAUGCCUGUACAGCCCAAAGCUGUACAUAAUACUUCUGCAUCCAGAGAAGAAUGUACGACGACUCACGAUGAACACGACGACCAAUAAUAGAAAUGCUGGACAGGGGUUUCCUUACCAGGAGAAAAUGAACGUGCACAAGAAGAAUUCAGGGGAGUAUAACAUGUUAUCAGCGAAGCCCCACCAACCCAUCAGCGCAAACUGCUCACUCAAGAAAAACAUCUGUGAGAAUGAAAACAAUCAUACAAAAAAGAUGUCGACAGUUACAUUUUGUCCUCGCAAUGGAGGCGGUGUGGUAGAAACUGCAAUAGUGACGGUUAACUCGAAACCAGACAUUGUGGAAGAGGUACUAGAGUCUAUUCAACAGGAAAACAAAAGUGACGAGAAAUCCAACCUGAGACUACACAAAUCUAAGAUGGAGGAAAAUAUUAAAUCUAAGAUGAAGGAAAAUAUUAAAUCUAAGAUGGAGGAAAAUAUCAAAUCUAAGAUGGAGGAAAAUAUUAAAAGUUUUCCUUCGUCAGAAGACAUGAAAACGCCAACAAUAAACAAUAAAAUUGGGAUAAGUGAGAACCCAGUAUAUAACGAGGACGCCAGGAUUGAAACCACAAUUGUACCUAACUUGAUGAACGGGUCCCAGUCCCUCAACAGUACUCCGGGUCCAGGGUUCCAGUCCCUCAACAGUACUCCAGGUCCAAUACGAUUCAAGAACCUUCUCUUGGACCAAUCAAGGAACCAUCAG